AGGCUCAGCUCCUCAGCAUCCUCACUGAAAGCUUCAGCUCUCAGCCCGAGCGGACCCACCAGGCUGCCCGGGUCUUCACCGACCAGCAGCGACCUCUCUGCCGCAUUCUCCGGGGGUGACACCAGGCUUUGGGACAGCGCCGCUCAUGUGUAUUUAACCCACCCGUGUAUCUGUGGGAUCGAGGACGGGAGAGCCAUGUCUGCGCCGGGUUUCACAAACCUGAACAGCUCCGUCAGCUACAGCCAGAACUCAACGCCGAACGGAGGAGCAGCGCCCCCCUACCAGAACGGUCCAGCACAAACAUACCAAUCCAUGCAUCCACCUACAGGCUGCUAUGGAGCCCCACCUCAACAACAGAGCUACCCCACCAUCCCUGCCCACUGCACUCCUGCUCCCAACAAAGCACCCAUUACGAACAGUGCCCACAGUGCUAACUACUACCAGGGCAACCAUCAGCAGCAGCAGCACCACCACCUCUCUCAGCAUCAUGUAGCACCCUCCCCAUACUGUGCUCCCUUAAGCUCUGCUCCUCCGUCUCAGCCAUAUGCCACCCUCCCCUCUUCAGCACCACCACCAUCAAAUGCCCAAUACAGCCAACAGCCAUUCCAGCAGCAGCAGCAGCAUCCACCAUAUGCCCCUCCAGGAUCUUACUAUGGACAGCAGUCAUACCACGCUCCCCCGGCACAGCACUCUCAACAGCAGCAGCCCAGUUUGGUUCCUGCACCAGCUGGUGCCACUGGAGCUCCUGUCUAUCCAAUUGUUUCCUACCCUUCUGCACCAGGAAGUAGCCAGUAUGGCACCCUGAGUUCCUCCCAGAGCACCUCCACGCAUGGAGGCAUGCCCACCCAGAUGGGUGCACCCCUACAUCAGUACAGCACCUCUCGGCCGGCUUCCACAACAGCAGUGCAGCCUGGGUACAGUGUGGCUCCUCCCAGUCAGCUGGCACCAACAGUCAAUGGUCAAGGAAGCACAGUCCACCAACACUAUGACCAAAGCCAUCAGGCUUCUCUGAGCUAUGACUCCUACAGCGGGGUUGUACACAGCAGUGGUGGCGCAGACGCAGACCACCCCCCCUCAGGAACCCCCUCCACUUCAGUCCAUUCCUCACCGGGCCGCCACCAAGGCAUGCAGUAUGGAUAUGUUGCUAAUAGUGGAGCUAGCUCUGUUUCUGCCACCACAUCAGGCCCAGCCGCAGCUCCCUCGUCAUCCAGCUCUGAGGAUGAUGAUGAUGAGGAGGAGGAGGAGGAGGAUGAGGAAGCAGGUCUGCUUUAGUUUUUACCUCCCAAACAAACUCAUUCAUUACCACUUUCUCCAUCCUCAUAAACUCAUUCACCUCUACCAAACUCAUAUAACUCUUCUGAAGCCGGGAAUUGUCCAGAUUCCAUGCCGCCCUCCAACAAUAUGACCAACCAGGCUGCACCCUAUGGGAGCUAUGGUUACCCCAGCAUGCAGCCAGGGUAUCGGCAGGGACUGGCCUCCCACACUGACUCUUCGCCCUCUCAUGACCCGUACGGCCAGUCAGGCUACCAGCAGUACUCCCAGCCAUUCCCAAGUCUGUCCCAGCUGUCUGCAGCCCUGGGUGGGCUGAGCGGGGUGCCGGAGCUGGAGGUGGAGGCCUUGAGGCCGGUCAACCUGCUGCAGGAGAGGAGCCUGCUGCCCCCCAGGCCGCUUGAAGCCCCCGAACCCAACCUCAGCCCCGACCUGAAGAAAGUCAACUGUAGUCCACAGACAUUCAGGUGUACCCUGUCCAGCAUCCCACAGACCCAGGCUCUUCUCAACAAGGCCAGGCUCCCUCUGGGCCUCCUCCUCCACCCCUUCAGAGACUUACAGCAGUUACCGGUGAUCACGUCGAACACGAUAGUGCGCUGUCGCUCCUGUCGCACCUACAUCAAUCCCUUUGUCACCUUCCUGGACCAGCGCAGGUGGAAGUGCAACCUCUGUUAUCGGGUCAAUGAUGUUCCAGAUGAGUUUAUGUACAACCCAGUCACCAGGUCGUAUGGCGAGCCCCAUAAGAGACCAGAGGUCCAAAACGCCACGGUGGAGUUCAUCGCCUCCUCAGACUACAUGUUGCGGCCCCCUCAGCCAGCUGCCUACCUGUUUGUCCUCGAUGUGUCUCACAAUGCUGUGGAAGCAGGCUACCUGAAGUACUUCUGUGAAUCACUUCUCGAGAACCUUGAUAAGUUGCCCGGGGAUACACGCACCAGGGUGGGCUUCCUCACCUUUGACAACACCAUCCACUUCUAUAACCUCCAGGAGGGACUGUCCCAGCCACAGAUGCUGGUGGUGUCGGACAUAGACGACAUCUUCAUCCCGUCUCAUGACAGUCUAAUGGUGAACCUGAAGGAAAGCAAAGAGCUGGUGAAGGACCUGCUGACGUCGCUGCCUGGCAUGUUCAGCCAGAGCAGGGAGACCCACAGCGCCCUCGGCCCGGCGUUACAAGCCGCCUUCAAGCUGAUGUCGCCCACUGGGGGGCGUGUCUCGGUGUUUCAGACCCAGCUGCCGACGCUGGGUGCCGGUUCACUGCAGUCGAGGGAAGACCCCAACCAGCGCUCCAGCACUAAGGGAGUUCAGCACCUCGGCCCAGCCACAGACUUCUAUAAGAAACUUGCACUGGACUGCUCAGGGCAACAAAUCGGGGUGGAUCUGUUCCUGCUCAGCUCCCAGUACGCUGACCUCGCCUCGCUGGCAUGUAUCUCCAAAUAUUCAGCGGGCAGCAUCUUUUAUUACCCCUCCUUCCAUUACAUCCACAACCCGGCUCAACUGGAGAAGUUCCAGAAAGAUCUGGAGCGCUACCUCACCAGGAAGAUCGGCUUCGAGGCGGUCAUGAGAAUACGAUGCACUAAAGGUUUAUCCAUCCACACAUUCCACGGUAACUUCUUUGUGCGCUCCACCGACCUGCUGUCCCUGGCCAAUGUGAACCCAGACUCUGCCUUUGCUGUCCAGAUGUCCAUUGAAGACUCUCUGGCGGACUCGUCUCUGGCCUGCUUCCAGGCUGCUCUGCUCUACACCUCCAGUAAAGGAAAAAGGCGAAUCCGGGUGCACACUCUGUGUCUACCGGUGGUCAACCAGCUGAGUGAUGUGUACGCUGGAGCUGAUGUUCAGGCCAUCACGUGUCUGCUAGCUGACAUGGCUAUCGACCGGUCGAUAACGUCCAACCUGUCAGACGCUCGUGACGCCCUGACGAAUGCGGUGGUGGACCUGGUGAGCGCCUACAAGAGCAACGUGUCCAACCUGCAGCAGUCGGGCCUCGUCCUCCCUGCUUCCAUGUGCCUCUUCCCCGUUUACAUCCUUGCUCUGCUCAAACAGAAAGCCUUGCGGACAGGCACCAGCACGCGGCUGGACGAGCGGGUCUUCGCCAUGUGUGAGUUCAAGACGCAGCCGCUGCAGCAGCUGAUGCGAAUGGUUCAUCCUGACCUUUACCGGCUGGACAACAUGUCUGACCAGGGGGCGCUCCAUCUGAACGACACAGUGGUUCCCCAGCCUCAUCUGCUCCACCUGUCUGCUGAGAGGGUGAGCAGAGAUGGAGCUUUCCUCAUGGACUGUGGCAACGUGUUUUAUCUGUGGAUCGGCAAAUGCUGCAACGAGAUGUUCAUCCGAGAUGUUCUGGGCUGCCCCAACUUCGCUUCAAUACCCCCCAACAUGAGUCACAUUCCUGAGCUGGAGACUCCUCUGUCUGAGAGAGUGCGAGCGUUCCUCGACUGGCUGCAGGACAACAGAGCGUUCAGCUCCAUGAUACACGUUGUCAAGGACGAUGCUUCGGUUAAAGCUUCUUUCUUCCAGCAGCUGGUGGAGGAUCGGUCUGAGUCGGCUUCUUCGUACCACGAGUUCCUGCAGCACAUUCAGCAGCAAAUGUCCAAGUAGGCUCCCAUCAAACCAGAGAGAAACGUUGGCUGCUAGAAUCCUGGAACCAGAGCGAGAAAGGAUUUCGGUCUCGUAGAGUGAAAACUAGCGUUAGAAACGACGGACACCCAUCGCUCCUUCAGACCAGUUUUAGCGAGGUGGGUUUCCUCCCGUUCCUCCAAACAGUCUUAUUAAACAAAUCCAACCUCCAGGCUCGUCACUCAGCCGGGAUUUGAUCAUCAGAAGGACAGGACGGUUUUAGAAAAGGAAUAAAGAUUUACAGAGAUAAAUAAAUGAAGAACAGGGAUUUGUUCCACUUCAAAAUGAAUCAUUGAACGUGCUCCUCGCUGCCUCUUAACCACUGUCAAACCCCCGUUUAGCCUCUCGUCACACCCUUCGCUCCUGAGAACAGAAGGGGAAAGUCGAGCCAAGAAGAUGCCACUUCAACACGUUUUUAGUUCGAUUUUGUUUUUGUGAGCCUCACAUGUAGCUAGUGCUGUCUUUUUUUUUAAUUAUUGUUUUAUAAUUUAUUCCCCCCCACACACUCCCUCGGUUUUAUUUCAAGACUAUUUUGAAUACACUGGAGAACAGAAACAAGCAUUCCUUCUGUUGUUUUUCGGCAUGAAGUACUAAAGGCAUGUCACCGUUUUGUUUGCUGCUAGCCUCUGACCGCAGGCGACGACCGUCUGCAUAACGGGAAUAUACUUCGACAGUGGUUGGAUGUUGAAAACCCCCCUGUUGGCUCCCUCUUCUCUCCUCCACUGUGUGAACUCCUGAUUAGUUGAGAUCAAACUUCAAAAACUCCCCCUCCCCCACACUGUCAACAAUCUUAUUCUAAUUUGUUUUAUUUUUUCCAGGCGCUAACUGAAGUUGCUAUCCACUUUGUAACUAUUGAAAAAGAAUCUUUUAUGUGCGAUAAUUUAUGAACCAGCUUAUUAAAUAAAGAAGAAAAACAGAA